GAGUUAGACGAUCAGGAGAGCAUGACUGCCCUCCUGCCGCUGCUGCUGGGCCUCAGCCUGGGCUGCACCGGAGCAGGAGGCUUUGUGGCCCACGUGGAAAGCACCUGUCUGCUGGAUGACGAUGGGACUCCAAAAGAGUUCACAUAUUGUAUCUCCUUCAACAAGGAUUUGCUGACCUGCUGGGAUCCCCUGCAGGCCAGUAUGGUCCCUUGUGAAUUUGGGGCACUGAACACCUUGGCCAAAUACCUCUCAGAUUACCUCAACCAUAAGGAAAACCUGAUCCAACGCUUAUCCAACGGGCUGCAGGACUGUGCCACACACACCAAGCCCUUCUGGAGAUCUCUGACCCACAGGACACGACCGCCAUCUGUGCAAGUAGCUAAAACCACUCCUUUUAACACGAGGGAGACUGUGAUGCUGGCCUGCUACGUGUGGGGCUUCUAUCCAGCUGAUGUGACCAUCACGUGGAGGAAGAACGGGCAGCUGGUCCUCCCUCACAGCAGCGCCUAUCAGACCACCCAGCCCAACGGAGACUGGACAUACCAGACUGUCUCCCAUUUGGCCACAACCCCCUCUUUUGGGGACACCUACACCUGUGUGGUAGAGCACAUUGGCUCUCUUGAACCCAUCCUUCAGGACUGGACUCCUGGGCUAUCGCCAGUGCAGACAGUGAAGGUUUCCAUGUGUGCUGUGACUCUGGGCCUGGGCCUCAUCAUCUUCUCUCUUGGUUUGCUCAGCUGGCGGAGAGCUGCCUACUCCGGCUACAUUUUCCUCCCAGGGUCCAAUUAUCCAGAAGGUCAGCACAUUUCCUAGAGGCAGAAUCCUACAACUUCUUCUCCACGUGAGGAGAUUCAAACUCUCAUGGAUGCUGCUGUGCUCCUCCAACCCCUCCAAGCUUCCACAUUUUGUUGGAUCCUAUGGUUUCUCUAUUUGAUUAUUUGAAUUUCCCAGUCCUCGCUAUGUAAACCUUACAACUUGGGGAACUCAUUCCUGGGAAUAUUCUGUAACCAAGGUGUUGUCCAUAGGUAGAGCCCAAGGCUACGUAUCUGGGGUGAAUAUAAUCUGGGGAGGAAGGUCAAAGGCCCUCUUGGGGGCCCCCGGUGCCACAGAGGCAUGAGUCGCUGGUGAUCGUCUGUGAGGAAUAAACUCUGGUGGAAAUACAGUUUUUUCCAUGCUUUUUCUUGAGGCCCUGAGGAGGAACUGUAGGCAGUUAGGGGCUGGGCUUGAUUCCCUCUCCUACUUCAGUC